AUGGCAAACAACAAUUCCUUUUCAAUGUCGACAAUGUUCAAUACUAUACAAGAAAUCCUGAAUGAGGAGCCUUUGACAGUUCCUUCUCCUCCUUCACGUGGCGGCUAUUCCUUAUUCCACAUCCGUAAAGCGGAGAUGGAUAUUCAAAGGAUUUUCAACUUCAUGACUGGAAGUGAAGAUUUGAAAGACGACAUCUCAGUAUUAGACACGGGAACGCUUAUGUGGAUGGCGUCUUUAAUGACGUCUGACUGCGAUUACUUCAUGGUCAUCACAACAAACAAGAACGGCUCCAAAACCCUACAGAAACUCAUGGGAAUGUCAGAUGACAUGGACGUCUUCUUCUUUGAGGCUAUCAUGCGCCUCUUCAUCCAUGUCAUGACUGACAAGUACGCCUCCUACGUGACGAUACAGGGGAUGAGAGUUUUUCAACAGGACAAGAGAGAGUUGAUGUAUGAUCAAAUUCUUCGAUACGCGUGUUUCCUGGCGGGUGACCAGUACGGUUGCAUCGCGCUCAACGAAAUCAUAACCGACUUGGACGAUCCUUACUACAGAGACCAGCUCCUUGACAUAGUCGCGAACAACGCUCUUUUGCUAAGCAACGAUGCUUAUGGCAACUUUGUGGUCCAACACGUGCUUAAACUACGUGACUCCCGUUGCACGCGUAACAUUGCUGAUAAACUAUGUGGCUACUGCGUCGAGCUCUCGUUUAAAAAGUAUGGAAGCUACAUCGUGGAGCGGCUUUUGGAGGCGGGGGACGUACCAAUGGCAACAGUGGUUCUGGAUCUGUUGGCGUGCAAGACAGAGAUGUUGAUAAGGUUGGCGAGGAGCGAGUACGGGAAUUUUGUGGUGUGCAAGGCACUGGAAUUAACAAAUGAGAUCCUCACGGCUGAUCUGUUUUACGGUUUGGUGAAUAGGCUCAUGCCUUAUCGCCAUCUCUUGCAUAGGUCUCCUCGAAGCAAGAUUGCAACCAUCUUGGACUCAAUGAGUGUCCCAAACUAGUUAAUGCUGGUUAUGUUUUGAGUGUUCUAUUCAAACCUCAACUUAUCCUAGAUUCCCAUUUAGCAGUUUUCU